AUGACGGAUAGAUGGCCACAGUUCAAUCUAGCAACUGACAUGGCAGAUCCACAGUUUGAGGUUGAGAUGAAGUUCAGUGAUUGCAAAGAUUUUAGAUCGGCUUUCAAAGGACAAUUUAUAAAAAGGAAUAAGGAUGUUGUAUUUGUGAGAAGUGGGGCUUUCAAGCUAAAGGCAGUUUGUGCAGAUCCAGAUUGCCCAUGGGAGAUAUAUGCUUCCAAAAUGCAGCGUGAGAAGACCCUGCAGGAGAACCCCACUGUGAAGUCUAGUUGGCUUAGUGCCAAUUAUAUGGAAACAUUGAAGAGCAAUCCAAGUUGGUCAGUUAGCUUAUUCAUGAAGACUGUGGAGAAGGAUUAUAACACUAGAGUUUCUAGGCAACAAGUUUAUUGGGCAAAAGAGAGGGCAUUGAGAGUUAAGGAAGACCAAUCCAGGAACAACAAUCAAAGUGCAUGUAAAGCCGGGUUCAUUGCUGAAUACAGACCCAUUAUUGGAUUGGAUGGUUGCUUCUUGAAGGGUGUGUAUGGAGGGCAAUUUUUAGCAGCAGUUGGUAUAGAUGCUAAUAAUGAAAUAUGGGUGAUUGCGUAUGUAGUGGUUGAGUCUGAGUGCAAGGACUCAUGGUUUUGGUUUCUGGAAUUACUGGUAAAGGAUGUAGAGAUUGUUAACCAGUUUGGAUACACUUUCAUAUAA